AUAGAGAGAGAGUGUGCAUAUGUUUAAGAAGGAAACAAAGGUCCAAAGGUCGUUAGUUACGUUCCUUUUCUUUCUUCUUCGUCUUUGUUUGCUUCCCUUCUCCAAUUUUCCUUUCUUCUUCUCUCUCACAAGUCACUGAUUCAUUGAUCGGUGGAUAUUCCCUCACACAGAAUCACGACCAUGGCCGAAUCGGUGGAGCUUCCGAGUCGCUUGGCGAUCCUUCCUUUCAGGAACAAGGUCCUCUUACCCGGCGCCAUCAUCAGAAUCCGAUGCACUUCCCCUAGCAGUGUGAAGCUGGUGGAGCAAGAACUUUGGCAGCGAGAAGAAAAGGGGUUGAUUGGCAUCUUGCCAGUGCGUGAUGCUGCUGAAAUUAAGCCCCUGGGCCCAGUUGUAUCUCAAGGUACUGAUUCUGUAGACCAAAGCGCAAAAGUCCUAGGUGGUUCAUCUGAUUCUCAUAAGCUUGAAACAAAAAAACCGAAUGAUGUUGUUCAUUGGCAUUCCAGAGGGGUAGCUGCUCGAGCAUUACAUUUAUCAAGGGGAGUGGAGAAACCAAGUGGGAGGGUCACAUACAUAGUUGUUCUUGAAGGCUUAUGCAGAUUUAGUGUCCAGGAACUUAGCACAAGAGGAACAUACCAUACUGCAAGGAUAUCGUCCCUUGAGAUGACUAAGACUGAGAUGGAACAAGUGGAGCAAGACCCAGAUUUCAUAAUGUUGUCUCGCCAAUUUAAAGCAACUGCUAUGGAGCUUAUUUCUGCUUUGGAACUGAAACAAAAAACUGGUGGAAGGACAAAAGUCCUUUUGGAUACUGUUCCAGUUCACAAGUUGGCUGAUAUAUUUGUUGCUAGCUUUGAGAUCAGUUUUGAAGAACAGCUAUCUAUGUUGGAUUCAGUUGACCCCAAAGUCAGGCUUUCAAAAGCAACCGAGUUAGUUGAUAGGCACUUACAGUCAAUUCGUGUUGCGGAGAAAAUUUCACAGAAGGUUGAAGGACAGUUGUCAAAAUCCCAAAAGGAAUUUCUUCUGCGCCAGCAGAUGAGGGCUAUCAAAGAGGAACUUGGUGAUAAUGAUGAUGAUGAGGAUGACCUGGUUGCCCUGGAACGAAAGAUGCAGGGUGCUGGAAUGCCUCAGAAUAUAUGGAAGCAUGCACACAGAGAGUUGAGGAGACUUAAAAAAAUGCAGCCUCAGCAACCUGGGUAUACCAGUUCACGGGUUUACCUAGAGCUUCUUGCUGAUCUUCCGUGGCAGAGGGCCAGCGAAGAGCUUGAGCUAGACUUAAGAGCUGCGCGGAAGCGUUUGGACAGUGAUCACUAUGGUUUAGCAAAGGUCAAGCAGCGGAUAAUUGAAUACCUAGCCGUUCGCAAGCUUAAACCAGAUGCAAGAGGCCCUGUGUUAUGCUUUGUUGGACCACCAGGUGUUGGGAAAACAUCAUUGGCAUCUUCCAUUGCUGCUGCCUUGGGAAGGAAAUUUGUGCGCAUAUCCCUUGGUGGAGUCAAGGAUGAGGCUGAUAUUAGAGGACAUAGGAGAACAUACGUUGGAAGCAUGCCUGGGAGACUUAUAGAUGGAUUAAAGAGAGUAGCUGUUUGCAACCCAGUUAUGUUGCUUGACGAAGUUGACAAAACAGGUUCUGAUGUUCGUGGAGAUCCAGCUUCAGCGUUGCUCGAAGUUCUUGAUCCAGAACAAAAUAAAACAUUCAAUGAUCACUAUUUGAAUGUUCCGUUUGAUCUAUCCAAGGUAAUUUUUGUGGCAACAGCAAAUAGGAUGCAGCCUAUUCCUCCACCACUUCUGGAUAGGAUGGAAGUUAUUGAGCUUCCUGGAUACACACCUGAGGAGAAGCUCCAAAUUGCCAUGCAUCAUUUGAUUCCAAGAGUUUUAGACCAGCAUGGAUUGAGUUCUGAGUUUCUUCAGGUUCCAGAGGAGAUGGUGAAACUUGUCAUUCAAAGAUAUACCAGGGAAGCUGGUGUGCGAAACUUGGAAAGGAAUCUGGCUGCCCUGGCACGUGCUGCUGCAGUAAAAGUUGCAGAGCAAGAACAGGUAGUUCCACUAAACAAAGGGAUGCGGGGACUUGCUACACCACUUAUGGAAAACAGACUUGCUGAUAGCACUGAAGUUGAAAUGGAAGUGAUACCGAUGGGUGUCAAUAGUCGGGAAAUAUCAAACACGUUCAAGAUUGCCUCUCCUCUCAUUGUUGACGAAGCUAUGCUUGAAAAAGUGCUUGGGCCUCCAAGAUUUGAUGAUAGAGAAGCUGCAGAUCGUGUUUCAACCCCUGGAGUCUCUGUUGGACUGGUUUGGACUUCUUUUGGUGGAGAAGUUCAGUUCGUGGAGGCUACGGCAAUGGCAGGGAAGGGUGAACUGCAUCUCACUGGACAACUUGGUGAUGUUAUCAAAGAAUCAGCUCAAAUUGCAUUGACAUGGGUAAGGGCAAGGGCAACUGACUUUGGGCUGGCUACGGCAGACGGUAUUAAUCUUUUAGAGGGCCGGGAUGUACACGUUCAUUUUCCGGCUGGCGCUGUACCUAAAGAUGGUCCUUCAGCUGGUGUGACGUUGGUCACAGCGCUGGUAUCACUCUUCAGUAAGAAGAGGGUAAGAUCAGAUACAGCUAUGACUGGAGAAAUGACAUUGAGGGGGCUUGUACUCCCUGUUGGUGGCGUCAAGGAUAAGGUGUUAGCAGCACAUCGUCAUGGUAUUAAGAGAGUUAUCCUACCUGAAAGGAACUUGAAGGACUUGGUUGAAGUACCAUCAUCAGUUCUGGCCAAUAUGGAGAUACUGAUUGCGAAGCGGAUGGAAGAUGUGUUAGAUAAUGCUUUUGAAGGUGGGUGCCCUUGGAGACAACACUCAAAGUUAUAGCAUAGCAGUUUGGUCUUUAACUAGCAGCAAUCUGUGUGUUUCAAUCACAAAUGGCUUUUACCUGGCAUCAACAUCUGGUCCCAUUCCUUGAUCCUUGAUUGAUUUUAAAGACAUUGGGAGACCGAGUAUGUAACAAUAACAAUAACUCGGAUGCGCAAAAAUUCAGGAAAAAUAUAUAAACAAUUCAGAUGCGAGCCAACUUCUCCAUUGGAGCAGAGGUACUUGUGGAACUUUUACAUGACCACCAUAUGGCAUGUUC